UGGAAGGAAAGGGCGUCUCUGACCUGGGCGCGCUGGGCUCUCCCAGCCGCCCAGCCCUCCCAGUGUCCCAGGGAGAAGCCGGCGAGACCCCCGGCAGGGCAGCUCUGGAGCAGCCGCCAGUAUCACAGAGGCUGGAGCAGAGGAAGAGUGGGCUGCCCUGCCCGCUUAAGCCCCAGACCCAGAGGGAGCUGGACUUGUUGGGGGAAACUCUCCCGGGUCUGGCCGAUGGCACCGUGAGGAUGGAGAGCAAAGAUAUGGACAGCUAUCUGCGGCGUCUCAAGCAGGAGCUGGUAUCCAUGAAAGAGGUGGGGGAUGGGCUCCAUGACCAGAUGAACUGCAUGAUGGGAGCCCUGCAGGAACUGAAGCUUCUACAGGUACAGACAGCUCUGGAGCAGCUAGAGAUCUCUGGGGGUGAUGGGCAAACACCACUGCCUGGUCUGGGCCCUGCCCCCGGCUUCCUGCAGGGCCCCAGAACUCAGCCUGAGCCCUGCAGGUGGGCAGGCAGCAGGGGCUCAGCCAGGCCCAGGGCCGUCUCUCCCUCUAGCCAUCCUUCCCUCAGCAGCAGCAGCAGCAGCAGCAGCACCACCACCACCACCACCACCACCAAGCUUUCUUCCAGUAGGAGUGUCCAUGGGGCAAACCUAGUGCCUCCUCCUAGGACUUGGGAGUCGGAGAGCCGAGGCGUCAUUCAGCAGAGGGCAGAGCAGGCUGAGCCGGACGACUGGACCUCCACCUUGAUGUCCCGAGGCCGCAACCGGCAGCCGCUGGUGUUGGGAGACAACGUCUUCGCAGAUCUAGUGGGCAACUGGUUGGACUUGCCAGAACUAGAGAAGAAGGGUGGGGAGAAAGGUGAAGUUAGUGGGGCAGGUGGGGUACCAGGGCCCGGAGGCCGACACCGCGAUCUGGGCCAAAGGUUCACCCUGACUGCCAACAUCUUCAGGAAAUUCCUGCGUAGCGUACGGCCGGAUAGAGAUCGGCUACUUAAGGAGAAACCAGGCUGGAUGACCCCGACAGCUACUGAGCCCCCAGCUGGACGCUCCAAGAAAGUCAAGAAAAGGGGCCACUUCAAGGGAGCUGGGUACUUCCCCUUCCCCAGCAGUGGGGGCAAUGGACAGGGAGAGAGGCCUUCAAGCUGCCCCAAGGCCCUGGAGCCCCCACCCUCUGGUUUUGACAUCAACACGGCUGUCUGGGUCUGAGCCCUUGGCAUUUCCCAUGGCAGAGGCCAGGCUGGGCUGGGUCAAGUCUAGAUGGCAGAUCCCAUUGGUCCCAGCUCCUAAUUCCUUUUCUUCAAGGCUCCCAGAAAAGCAAGAAAAGCAGAAGAGGAGGGUGAGCAGAGCCAGGACCUCUCAUCCCAGGAAACUGAAGCUGCCAGUGUGCUCACUCUAAGGAAAGCCACAAUCUCCUCCCGAUAAAACUACGGCUAAGUUGGGACAGGCUCGGGAACAUUGUUUGUGUGUGUGUGUGUGUGUGUGUGUGUGUGUGUGUGUGUGU